UUGUAACAGUAGACCGCCUGUUUUCGUGCAAGAGAGCAGCUAUUCGGUGAUUGCAAACACUUUUUUGUUGUUGCGUUUUCUCAUUGUAAUCAUGGCUGAAAACUCUUCGGCAGGAGAAGCUGGGGCCGUUGAGAUUCCGGAGGGAGCGAUUCGCAAAUUGUCGGAGCUGAGAGUCAUUGACUUGAAAGCCGAAUUAAAAAGACGAAAUCUGGACACCAUUGGCAUCAAGAGUACGCUGACUGAGAGGCUGAAAAAGGCGAUUGAAGAAGAGGGUGGAAAUCCAGAUGAGAUGGUGGUUGUUCUCGAUGGAACUCCUAAGAAGGCACUGACUAAACGGACCUCCAAAGGGAAAAGACAGGAGAACGAUGAACCAGAGGACUGCACCAUUGAGGAAGAUUCGGGUGAUGGCCAGGAUGACAUGGAAAACAUGCAGGACAUGGACAUCCUGGAUAUGAAUGUGCUUGAUGAAGCUGAGAAUGACAACAGUAUGCCAGCAGAGGAGGAGUAUGACACGGAUGAAGUCCUGAACUCUCCGUCAGACAAAGGCAACCAUGAGAUCCAGGGUGACGAAGAGGAUGCCAUGAACGAAGAUGAACACGACAUUGGCAUCUCUGACUCUCCCGAGCCAAUGGGCAAAGCCAAACCUGAAGAGGAUGUACAGCCUAAAGUAGCAGACAUGGAAAAGAAUGAUCUCACUUGCCCAUCACCUAAAGAGGUUCAAGAGAAGGAUCCGGAGCCCGAAGACUCAAAGGAAGAAAUAGAAAAUGAGAAAGUAGCCGGGUCUUGUUUAUCUGAGCCACUAAAUGAAGAGCGCCAGGAGACACCAACUGAAGAUCAAGGCACCAUCGGGGACAUGGUCAAUGUUGCAGAGGAAGACGAUGUGUGUGACACCACUAAAGCCGAGGAGUCUGUCAAUGUAGAGACUAAACUGUCGACUAGCGACCAGGACGUUGCUAAGCUAACUGAGUGUCAAAUGAAAGACGCUGAAGAGACCGUUGACGCUGAAAGUACUCAGGCUGUUAGUGUAAACGAGCAGGGCAUGGGCGAAAGCGCUGUUGAUUCUGAAAUGGUCUCUAAGGCUGAGGGUGAGGAGGAAGAUAAGAAGACUGAAGAGAACGCUGCAGAAUCAACGGCAGUGAAAGAGUCCUCAUCUGUUGAGGGCGAUGAUCAGAAAAAGAGUUCUGAUGAGGAAAAGGGUAGCAAGCCUGACUCAAAAGAUGAAAAUGCCCCUGCAGGUAAUGCUCCAGCAAGUAGUGGCAGAAACCUGUGGGUUAGCGGUCUCUCCAGCACCACCAGAGCGACUGAUCUGAAGACUCUGUUCAGCAAGUAUGGAAAGGUUGUUGGCGCUAAAGUGGUGACUAAUGCCCGGAGCCCUGGGGCUCGUUGCUAUGGCUUUGUCACUAUAUGUUCCACAGAAGAGGCCACCAAGUGCAUCAGCCACCUGCACAGGACUGAGCUCCACGGGAGAAUGAUCUCUGUUGAGAGGGCGAAGAAUGAGCCUGCUGGGAAAAAGCCUGCUGACAAGUCUGGCACCGACAGUAGACAAUCCUCAGACUCCAAGUCCGAUGCAAACAAGGCUGAAGGUGAAGUCGGGAAAGAUGGGAAACUCAAUGAGAGGACAGUGGUGAUGGACAACUCUAAGGGAGAGCCUGUUGUCAGCGUGAAAUCCAAAAGCAAAGACCGGAGCACCAAGAGUCGUGAUCGCAGGUCUACAAGCAAAGAGAAGGAUAUCCUGUCAUUUGACCAGAUCAAGGAGCAGCGUGAGCGGGAGAGACAGAGACAGCGGGAGAGGGACAUCAGGGAGGUGGAGAGACGCAGGCACUCUGGUGAGCGCGACCGCAGCAGUGGUGCAGAUCGAGGCGGCGUAGACAGCCGCACGGAGCGCGAGCGUAUCCGCUUGUUCCGGGAGAAGGAGGAGCGCGAGCGCCUCCUACGUAAGAGAAACUGGCUGGAGGUGGAGAAGGAGCAGCUGAACUUUGACCGCCUGGAGCGCGAGUUCCUGGAGCGCGAGCGUCAGCGUGUGGAGUAUGAGCGCCGACGUGAGCAGGAGAGGAUCCAACGGGAGAGGGAGGAGCUCCGCAGGCAGCAGGAGCAGCUGCGCUUCGAGCAGGACCGCCGGCCCCUCAAGAGGCCCUACGCUGACGUGGACAGCAGGAAAGACAACUGGCAGGACAACAAGAGGCUGGCUAUGGAUGACCGCUAUGGGGGGCGCUCAGACUUCGGUCGGCAGGAGCGCUACCAAGACUUUGACCACAGGGACCGCAGUCGCUACCAGGACGAUUCAGUCAUUGACAGUAGGAGGGACACUUCACGGGCUGUGGUUGGAGACCGGGAUAGCACGCACUUCUCGGACCGUACCGAGAGGCACGGGAGGGACACCUGGACCGCUGCAGGAAGUUAUGACAAGCGUACUAUUAAUCCAAGGGAGGGCCGUGACUGGGACUCAGGACGGAAAAUAGAUGGGGACCGAACGUGGCAAACAGGUCGAGAUGGCGGCAUCCCAGGCCAAAGUCACAUUGGGGCACGGGGAGGAAUGGCAAGUCGUGGUGGAGGCUACAUACCAACGGGGACCUCCCAGUCCCUCUCUGGAGCUCUGAACCGUCAGAACCAGAUGAUGCAAGGCAGUGGGAUGCAGGGUGGCGGGGCGUUCGGUCGCCGCUACUGAGGUCUGAACACCCUUGUUCCCAGUCACACGUUUAAGUGUAUGCAAGUGAAACCGUCUGCAGCUUGUAUAUUGCUCACGAAAGCUUUGCGAAUUCAGAUGUUGCUUUUAUAGUCCCUUUGACUUUCUUUCCUCCCUUUAAAACUAAGACACCAUUGAACUGAACAUCUGAGUUUUAAAUGUCUCUGAUCAGAUCAUCCAUCGGUUUUCAUUCAGUGUCCUUUUGUUUUCAAAUUGAUUGCAAUGUAUAAUUUUUCUUUUCUAUUUUUGGUGUAUUUUAAGUGAUUUGUAUGGGGUUGACUUUUGGUAGAAAUGCUCAGGAAUGAGUCUACUCAAACCAUUUGCUAAAACCUGUGGUGAACUUGGUUGCGGAAAAGUACGAACCCAUUAAUGAUCAUGAUUGCGUUGCAGGCUUAUUUUCAGUAAUUGUCACAUUGUCUUAGUUUUUGUACUUAAGCAACACCUUUUCAGACUUUGUAUUGAUACUAACUUCUUCACAGAACAGCAGUACCAUGUUCACAAUAGGAAACAAUCAAUCGUGUCGGAUUCAACUACAGUUGUACUAUACCGCUGGAUGGCACCUGAUGGCUAUUUUUCUGUGAAAUGAAAAUGCUGCCUAAUAAAAUUCUUUUUGCAGUGCAACUGCUAAAAAAGUU